CGUGAAACACUACUUUCGUAAGUGGCUUCCAUACGAAUUUACAGUAUCAAGCGAUACAGGAGCUCCUCACUCCAUCUCUCUACUUAAGCCUGCAAACCUCGCCGCGCAGACAAGCACGCGACGCGAGCGAGCCAGAGCAACGCAAGCAAGCAAGCAAGCAGCUAGCUAGCGCAGCGGCAAUGGCGAUCGUGGGCGAGGAGUACUGCUCCGCGGAGGAGCGGGUGCUCACGGUGCGCAAGACCUCCCACUUCUCCCCCGGCGACGGCUUCGCGGCCUACGACCACCGCACCGGCGGCCUCGCCUUCCGCGCCGACACCUACGGCCGCGGCCACGGAGGGGGAGCCGCCUCCGCCGGCGAGCUCGCGCUCCUCGGCCCCGCCGGAGAGGCGCUCAUCACCGUGCGCCGCCGCCGCCCGUCCCUGCACCAACGCUGGGAGGGCUACCUCGGCGCCCGCGCCGACGGCCAGAAGCCUCUCUUCUCUGCUCGCCGCUCCUCCAUCCUCGGCGGCGCCGCGGCCGGCGCUGUCGUCGAGCUCCUCGCCCCGCUCCCCGCCUCCUUCUCGUCUACCCACGCUGCUGCCGCCGAGCUCCUCCGCGUCGAUGGCUCCUUCCCGCGGCGGUGCUGCCGCGUGGUGGCGCCCAAGGCCGAGUCAGGCGGGGAGGCGGCGGUGGUGGCAGAGAUCAGGAGGAAGGUGGACGAGGGGGCGCGGGUGGUCAUGGGCAGGGACGUGUUCGUCCUGCGGGUGGGCGCCGGGUUCGACGCGGCGUUCGCCAUGGCGAUCGUCCUCGUGCUCGAUCAGAUCGCCGGCGACGAGGCCGACGGCAACGCCGGAGAGGAAACCAACCGCGCCAUGAUUUGGUGAUGGAACGAACCGUGCGCUUCUUGGUCUUUUUGUGUAUAGCGCUGCGUUCUUGCUGAUCGCAAUUUUCCUCUUUUGUUUUGUUUGUGCGUGUUGGUGUGUACGCCUUUGCUCCGGAGAAAACGGCAAUGUGCAAUACGUGUUAUGCAACUUAUUUCGAAGUUUUUAGUUUGUAUACAUAGCAAUCGCCAGAAUGGCAGAUGAAUGUGUGGAUUCUUGAAGCCUUUUUUUUU